GCAUAAAGUGCCUUCCAUUGCUAUAGCUUACAAGCACACAAACACUCAUACACACACACACGUACUCCGCGUUAGCGUGUCCACCGUGGAUGCGAUGCCGACUUCUAGCGGCGUGGACCCCGCCAAGAUGCGGGAAACGGUGCGGCUGCUAAGGGGUGCGGGCUAUAUGAGCAUGGCGGACACACUCGAAAUGGAUUGGGGUGUGCGGCCGAACACGGCGUCUUUGUCAAAAAACGCAAAGAAGAAGCGCACGUCGUUGCAGCCCAAGAGCAGAGAGUCCUCCAAGGCGCGGGGCGGGUCGAUGACGUCGCCGAACUCCUCCGCGGCGUUGACCCCGCCCCGGCCGCUGUCCGUCACGGCGCAAAAACGCCUCGUCAUGACGUGCAUCGGCGAUCCCGAUGACAUGUGGACCGAGGAGCCGGACCCCACCUCCAGUAGCGCCGUCUUUGCCCCUUUCUUUGAGCACGGCGCUGGCCUGCCGCGGGACGACUUCAUAGAGGAGCUAGGGCACCCCGUUUCCUUCGUUUCGGUGCGGCCCUACAAGAAGCAGCCCCCGCCGUCCGAUCUGCCGUGGCAGCAGUUUGCGCUGAGCGUGUUUUACCAAGCCGGUCGGACCGGAUUGGAGGCGGAGGACGAGCUUCGGGUGCAGAAGGGCGACAUCAUUGCGAGCCGCUACCGCGUGGAGGCGCCGCUGGACGCCGCCACCUUCUCGCAUACAGUGAAGGCGGAAGACACGGCGACCGGGCAGCUGGUGUGCCUGAAGGUAAUUCGCAACUUAAAGAGCUACUUCGAUCAAGGGCUGGACGAGCUGCGGGUCCUGACGUGUGUGAACGAGGCUGGCUGCGCCGAUGCGUGCUGCGUUGUGCGCCUUCUAGAUUACUCCUACUUUCGCAAUCAUCUUAUCCUGGUCACGGAACUGCUGUCUUCGAAUCUGUACGAACACGCUCGCUGCCUUGAUGAGGCGCAGCGCCGGGCCUACUUCACUCUGGGCAAUCUCCAGCGCAUUGCCCGACAGGUGCUCACGGCACUCAAGCUGAUGCACUCACUCCAACUCAUCCACUGCGACAUCAAGCCGGAGAACAUUGCCUUUAGAUCGGUGCCGAAGUGCGAGGUGAAGGUGCUAGACCUGGGCAGCAGCUGCUACCUCACCGACACCUUAAGCUCCUAUGUGCAGUCGCGGUCCUAUCGAGCCCCGGAGGUCAUCCUCGGCUGCCGGUACGGGACAGGGGUGGAUGUUUGGUCACUGGGUGCCAUGCUGCCGGAACUGGCCACAGGUACAAUUCUAUUCAACGCGGACUCGGUUUCCGCCCUGCUGGCAUCCGUUGCAGGCGUGUGUGGCCCCAUCCCGGCCGAGAUGCUGCAAGAGGGUCGCAACACCGUCUUCUACGUCUCCAAGCACGGCGCGUUCUACGCGUACGAGGAGGGACAGCUCGUCUUCCACUUCCCUGAUGAGCCGCCGCCUCCACGAGAGCUCUUUGGCUACGAUGACCCGGAUUACGUGGGUUUUGUGCGACAGUGUCUGACACUCGACCCCGCUUUGCGGCCGUCUGCAGCGCAGCUUCUCGAUCACCCAUUUCUGACCAAGAGCUACGAUCCGGGGUGA